GCACUAAACCACACCUAUCGUAAGCUCUCAACAUUGGGUGGUUUGCUUUUGGUUGUUUUUUAAUUCCGAACUUAAAACAUGGCGGAUGGUUUGUGGCGGUUGUGGCGGUCGACGCGGUGGACAAAAGUGCUUAUGAAAAGUAUUUUGGGCUACAACAGCGUGAGAAUCUCGACAGAAUGACUUUCGAUAGUGAUACGGAUGCAAAAUAUUGUCGUGUGAGGUGUUUAUCAGUCUCUGUUUUCAAGUUGGCUCUCCACUCUGAGCACCGUGACUCUGAGUGCGUGUUAGCCCUAACCGGGGAAGGUACGCAGCGACGCAUCUGUGUGGUUCACCUGAGUCUUCUCGUUGGUUUUUCUAUCAGCGUGCUUAUUCGCUACACGCCCUUCGACCUCGCCUGCAUCACGGGACGCAUUUGACACCACGAAGCAGCCAUUGAAGCGCAUGGAGCAGCGCUUAGUUUCCGGUGAUAUGCAACCGGAUGCCAAUUGCGCUUACCUGAAGCUUAGCUGACGUUCGCACGGUCGGCUUACGGUUUUGAAAAGCACUUGGUCUACUCCUGAUAGGUUACGUACGAUAAAAAUAUCAAGGUCUUGAAACACACCUUUUUGUCAGGGUAGCGUGCCUAAAAUCUGACCGGCACCAGUUUCACUAGAGCCUGGGACUCCCCCCCACCAGCAUCUCUCAAAUAUCUCGCCGCAUAUCUCUCUCCCUCCUCUUCCCUGGUUUCCUUCUACACCGGGAAUACUGGGAUUCGUCAAUCUAAAAUUCGCUCGCUCAUCUUUCACACGGUCUCGCUUCCGCGCGGUAUCUCUUACCCCCACGCUCAUCUUUCACUCGGUCUCGCUUCCGCUCGGUGUCUCUUACCCCACGCUCGCGAAACAACUUUUAUCUGCGUUGACAUCGGCUGCCAUUCGGAAGAACGGCUGCAACACCCCUGCGAAGAAUCUUUAACAGGUAAUGGAGGAGGACUCUGAUUCUGAGAGUGUACCAGCAAAGCAACCACGGCAAGACCUCUGCAAUGGCAAGGAGUACCUCUGCGGCGUUGGGAACUACAGACCAGGUUGGAUGCAGAGAUUCGCCACGUCGAGAUACUAUGCGGUCGCCUUUGGUGCCCUUGGUGUCUUCCAGGGAGCGUACCGCACGUACCUGGUGGCGACCCUGUCCACGUUCGAGAAGCGAUUUUCGAUGUCCAGUCGCAGAUCGAGCAUCAUCACCAUCGCGGACGACAUCGGGCCCAUCCUCGCCACCUUUGUGCUCAUCCUGUGCGUCCGCAGAGCCAGUAAACCCAACGUGGUCGCCGUCGGAAUGCUACUGUCCUUUUUGGGAGCUCUGGCAAGUGCUCUGCCUUACAGCGUCUACGGGAAAGGUACACACCUGAUGGGGACGACCGGAUCUUCUGGAACCGGACUGCAGAUUCAGUUUUGCGGUGGUUCGAAUAUCGAUGCCGCGCAAUGCAGCGGCAGGAGGGAGUUUCAUGGGGCCAUGCUCCCCUUUGCUUUCUUGUUCGCGGGUAACUUCCUGAACGGGCUCGGAGGCACGGCCUAUUAUGUGAUCGGCACAACCUACAUGGACGACAACGUGAAGAAGACGUACUCGGCUCUCUACUUUGGAUUUGCGUACGCAUUCCGGCUCAUGGGUCCGCUUUUUGGAUUCUUCAUUGCCUCUCUCUGCCUCAGUUUCCCCGAAGACCCUUUGGAUGAGCCAGGAUUGGACAUCAGAGAUCCUCGAUGGAUUGGAGCCUGGUGGGUCGGCUACCUGGUCAUAGCAAUGGGCAUCUUCGUGUGCGUUCUGCCUAUGUUCUUCUUCCCCAAGAAGAUACGACCAAAUGCGGAAGCCAACAAGACUGGUUCUACAGAAAGAGAAGAUACCAGUUUCAAGGCCGAAGUCAAGGGAGCGAUGUGUGCUCUUCACAGACUUUCUAGAAAUCCCAUCUGCGUCUUCAAGACCCUGGGGAACGUCACUGCCUUUAUAGCCCUCGCAGGCUACUCCUUUUCUUUUCCCAAGUACACUGAGCACCAGUUUUCCCUGUCCGCCUCCCGGGCCAGUUUGUUUGGAGGCCCAACUUACAUCCUGUCCAACGUAAUUGGCGCAAUCCUGGGAUCCUUUUUUGUGCACAAGGUGAGGCCCAGACCCCGGAUAAUAGCCUCACACCAGGUCCUGGUGAUUGUCGUGGCCGUCGCGGGAAUCCUGGGCCUCAUGUCCAUUCGUUGUGGCUCCGUGCAGUACCCGCUGACUCACGACAGUGAAGAACGGCUCACAAUACAGAACCAGUGCAACGCAGAAUGCAUUUGUUCCACGAGUGUUCGCCAGCCUGUGUGUGACCUAAGCACGGGUACCCAGUACUUCUCGGCCUGUUUCGCGGGCUGUGGGUCACAGUCCCUGAAUCAAACGGACCUCCUCGAUUGCCAGUGCUUACAGUCCGAACCUGGGAGGCCCAAGUUUUCCCACGGAGAUGUUAAAAACGGAAAGUGUGAACAGGACUGCUUGGGAACCAUGAUGACCUUCUCCGGAGUGGUAUUCUUCAUCCAAGUUGUCCUGUCGACGUCGCACGUAGGAUCGACCCUCCUCCUCCUCAGAGCCAUCGAGCCACAGGACAAGACUAUUGCUCUCACCAUCACGUCUUUCAUCAUGAACAUCUUCGCCUUCAUUCCUUACCCGCUUAUAUUCGGAGCCAUCAUCGACGCCUGCUGCAUCGUGUGGGAAGACCACUGCGGUCACCGCGGUGCUUGCUGGGUCUACAAUUUGAAAAAGCUCCGGUACCUGAUACAUGGAGUGUCGGCCCUGCUGCUCGUCAUCAGCUGCAUUUUUCAUGGCGCCGUGGUUUACUACAGCAACAGGAUCGAACACUUUUACGAUGAAGGUUUUACCGCUGAAGAGUCUUUGAGAGGCAGUCCGAAUGUCAGCGGGCUGGCUUUGAAAGAAGUGCGAAGACCAAAGAAAUAUAGAAACAGGGCCGGGAGAUGGGAGGUGCGAAGUUUAACGAGGUGACCAGUGUUGUCACGCGCCCGUUCGAAAGAGAGUGCGUAUAUACGACGUUCUGCCGGCCAGGCGCGCGAUGGCUGUGAAUGCUUCUCUCACAGCAUUCACAUCGUAUUAAUUUCAACUAUAUACAUUACACAAAAGCGUUUUAGUCUCGUCACCGUCUGGUAGCGUAUUUAUACUCAUGAAUCUCAAAAUUUUUCUUUGCAAUGCAUUUCUAUUUCAAGUUUCUCCAUCAAUCUCUCAACGGUGACCAUUACUACAAAAGUCACUAUGACGUUUCAGUCUCUAAAAAAAAAAAAAAAAAAAGAAAAUCUACUACAUACGCAUUCUAAUCUCCCCGGAACCUAUUUGGGUCAUUGUUUUUCGUACUUAUGUUUGUUUUAUUUAAUAAUUUUUGAAGUCCAGUUGAGACUGAAUUGGAAAGAGAAGGAGAAGACACAAUUAGCGUGUAUUUCACUGGCGUACACUAACAGUUUGAUUCUUUUAA